AUGAUGGCUGAACUUUUGCAAAACGUGUGCAGUAAAUAUAAGAAAAGUGUUAGUUGUAAUCCAGAUCUGGUCGGCCAGAUCGAAUCAUUAUUCAGACUAUCAUCUUAUAUCAUAGCAGGCAGGUGCAAUGAUAGCCAGGUGUUGUCCGAAUUGGUUUAUUCAGCCUCCCGGCUAAUGAUCUUAAUGAAUGACAUGAUCCUACAACAAGCGGUCAAAAUUGUCCCUAAAGUGCCUUUGUCCCAAGACCGUUUGAUGCGACUACUGACAGUUUUGGAAUACAUUGAAGUUUUUGUUGAACUUGCCGUCAAAAAAAUGUGGGGAGAAGUUGGUCGCUGGAUCGUUGUGACAGUUAUUCAGUUAGCCAAAGCUGUGCUGCGAUUUUUAUUGCUAAUUUGGUACCAGGCAGGGAUCCAACCAACACCCCCAAUUCCACCACUUGACAGAGAAAUUUUAAAGAGAUCAGGAAAGCAGACAGACCUGCUGGUUGAAGACUUGUUACCAGAAAAUUCUAAACCCCAAGAGACUUUUGUUCUGAAACGAUCAGGAAAAGUAAUGCGUACCUUAACAGCAGCCCCUCGCAGCUUUUGUCGGACAUGGACUCUCCCAGAACAGGACGAUGUUGAAAAUAAAAUGGAAUACUACCAACCAUCUGAAUUAUGUCGUAUGCGGAUGUUGGCAGAAGGAAUUCAUAUUACACGACCUCUUGUACAUAUUUUGUAUUUAUCAAUUAAAGGGCAAAAGUCCUGGAAACCUUGGUUAUUUUCAUGUGUGAUGGAUAUUACAAGUCUCUGUUUAAUGGGUGACCCCGUGGAAUUGAAUCCUCAUGAAAGGACAGAACUUCGACGACGCACUUUUUCAUUAGUAUACUAUUUACUAAGAUCACCUUUCUAUGACCGAUUUUCACAAGCCAAAAUCGUAUUUCUUUUGAAAUUGUUAUCUGAUCAAGUUCCUGGGAUGGGACAUCUCCUCAAACCUUUAAUCGAAUACCUUCCAUACUGGCAGAAAGUCUACUUCUAUCUUUGGUCCACUUGA